AUGACUGUGCAUAAUAGAUCCUUCAUACCGGAUAAUCCAUCCCCACUCGCAUCUAGAUCUUCAUCUAAUAGAGUGAAGCAUACGUUACCAAGAAACGAUACCCCAACUACAAGCAUACUGAGUAAUGACAACUCUGACGAAGACGAUGACUAUUCAUAUGAUGAUAUUAAUGAAGAUUCUAUCCACAAGACUAUCCCUCGAGAGUUUUUCAACCGAUUAAUCGAAUUUCCAUUAUUUAGCAAUGCCCCAAAAUCAUUCCAUACCAAAAUCGUAUCAGAAUUAAAACUAAUGCAAUAUCAUCCUCAAGAAUUUAUAAUCAAAACUGGCCAAUGUAGUAAAUCAAUGUAUUGGAUCCUUAAAGGGGUUGUCAGUGUCACUUCCUCGCCUGAUGGCGAAAGUGUCUAUGCUGAAUUAGCUAGUGGGUCAUUUUUCGGAGAGAUUGGAAUAUUGUAUAAUCGACCUAGAACAGCUACUGUAGUAGCAAAGACAAGAGUAUUAGUGGGUGUUUUGACAGCAAAGGCGUUGAAUAUGGUGUUGAGGAAUUAUCCAUCGAUAGAAAGACGGAUUAGAGAUGAGGCACAAGAAAGAUUAGCCAUGCAAGAAAAGAAAAAGAGAAACAAUAAAUAUCAAGAUGAGAGUAUAUUACCACAAGGGAAGCACAAUCUUCAAUAUCACCAGCAGCAGCUACAAGUUCCAUUAGAUGAAAAGGGCUAUAAUGCAUCUAUGUUGGCUAGUCAAGCGAGUAUUAUACCCGGACCACAUGUUCCAUCACUAUUAACAACUCCAUCUUCUUCAUAUCCAAGUUCUCCAAAUACAAGCAGUGUUGAACAUCUCAUAGUAAUCCAGGAUUUCAUAAGGAGUCUUCCGAUUUUUCAAAACUUACCACGAGAUAUAAUUCAUCAAUUAGCAUUAGGUGUUGAACCGUUAUCAAUAUCUCAACCAUAUGAAGAUAUUCUCCAUAAGGGUGAUGAUGGAUCGAAUAUUUAUUUUAUCAUAGAUGGAGAAGUUGAAGUUUUCGAUUAUGCCCAUGAUGGAGAAUCAAAUCGGUAUCCGUUUAUUGUCGAAGAUAUGAGAUCGACUGCUGAAGCAAGGAGGAAUAAUUUAAACCUGCUUCAGAAUGAUGAUAGUAAUAGCGAAGAAGAGAUAUUCACCCCAAACUGGACAUUUCAGAAACGACAUAAACUGGUCUCGCCCUCAAUAUCAAUCUCAAGAUCUCCAUCUCCUGACUUCAGAUCAAUUCAACCAACACCUUCUUCCUUCCCCGCCAAGCUUCCUCCAAUAACCACUCCUACAACUACUCAAAAAAGAAGACGGUCGGUGGAUAUAGACAUCCCACCUACUUCAAUAGAUAACUUCCAAGCAUUCCAUACCCUACCCAAACCAAAACCCUACAUUCCACAUAAGAGACGGCGCACGCUCGCCCAGAUCAAUCCAACACAUCCCGGAAGGAGACGCUCUUCGAUAUUGGCAAAUUGUGAACUCUUGCCCGACAAGCUAACCCAACAAAUCCUCCAAUACCUCCCCUUAACUUCCAUGAUGAGAUUUCGUCUAGUAUCGAAAAAAUGGAGACAUUUGUUACAUAUGAUACCAUUACCCAUCCUUGAUCUUAAACCUUGGAAUACCUUGGUGGAUGAUAAGGCGUUGAUAAGUAUAACUGAUUUCGUGGGAUGUAGACCUGAAAUAAUUGAUAUUUCGAAUUGUUUUCAUAUUACGGAUGAAGGAUUUAGUUAUAUGAUAAAUGAGAUUGGGAUUUCUGGGAAAAUAAAGACGAUUAGAAUGGUUUCGAAUUGGGAAGUUAGUGCGAUGGCUAUUAUGGAUUUAAGUGUGGCUCAUGUGGGAAGAUAUUUGGAAGAGAUUGAUUUAUCUAAUUGUCGGAAAGUGCGUGAUGAUGUUUUGGAAAGGUUGAUUGGAUGGGGAGAAGAAGAAGAGGAGGUUCCGGGUGUAGGAGUAGAUGAAUUGGUGGGAUGUAAGAGGUUAAAGGUUUUGAAUCUUGGAUAUUGUAAGCAUUUGACUGAUUCUACGAUGAAACAUAUUGCAAUGCAAGCUAGUGAUAGAAUUGAAGUGUUGGAUAUUACAAGAUGUACAUUGAUUAGUGAUCUUGGAUUUGAAUAUUGGCAAUAUCGGAACUUCUCCAAUUUAAAACUGUUAAUCCUUAAAGAUUGUACAUUUUUAACUGAUAAAGCUAUGUUUGCAAUUGCUAAUCUGGCAAAGAAUCUAGAAACUUUGAAUUUGGAUUUUUGUUGUAGUUUAACUGAUUUAUCAAUAGAGGUAUUAAGUUUAGGUUGUCCCAAAUUAAGACAAUUAAACUUUUCAUUUUGUGGACUGGCAAUCAGUGAUUCUUCAUUAGUUACAAUUUCAUUAAAUCUUGCUUAUUUAGAAAGAUUGAUACUCAAGGGGUGUAUUAGAGUUACUCGUGCUGGCGUUGACGCUUUGUUAAGUGGGAUAUCACCAAGAUUGAAUUAUCUUGAUAUAAGUCAAUGUAAGAAUGCUCAUAUCUAUCCUGGAAACUUCCCAGCUCAACAAUUAACCAUCAAUCCACAAACUAAAUCUGCAUUUGUAUCUGCUGGUCCAUAUAACAACAUUACUGAGAUUGUAUUAUAA